UUGUUGGGUUGGGCCGACCUACCAAACACACCCUAGAGAGUCAGACUAUUCACGAUACCAUACUAGUGCUAAACACUUGUACUAACUUAGAUAUGUAAAUACCUCUGUCAUGCCUGUACUGUAUAUAAUACAACAAACUGGAGCAUAGUAGCAUGGAUUAAUGCCUGAAUUUCAACACCCUUGACUGCUGGAAAUGCAGUUACAGUCAGUGACUUACUGCUGAAACACGCUGCCUAUCUUUCCUGCUGAAUAUAUAUGCCUGAAACACGGUUACCUCAUGAGACCUCUGUAAACAAACUGAAAAUCACCAAACCUCCUAAGUUGCCAACUUGGCAUCAUCAAAGCUCACAGCCAAACACACCUAUACAUAUAUAUAUACCCCUAGGAUGCAAAACACUACCUCUCUUCAAGAUCAGCACCCAAAUACUUCCCUGACUAUUCAAAUCAUGAACAAUACAAAUAGACACUAAAAUGUAAUCAUAACAAAAGCUGUAAAUUGAAACAAAAACAAAAAAAAAUGCAUGAGGUUGUAUAUAGAUCAGCGCUCUAAUAAAUAGAUCUCUUUUAAGUUCAUCAAGGAAUAUCCUCUUCGCCGCAUGGAUGUGGUUUCAGACAUAGUGGAUUAAACCUGUCUGGAAGCAACAGGUAACACAAGAAGAUGAGAAACCAGUGAAGCAAAUUAUCUACCCCCACUCCUAUUUUUCCACCUAGAACUACUUACUAGCAAGGGACUGCAAACACCUAGAAAUCCUGUGCAGAGCUCUACCCAGCUGCUGCUCACACAAAGUGACCCAAAGUAACAAGCGCUCACCUAACGGGCACCAAGCCACCUUGCAUUGCAACCUUGUGGCUGCAGCCCGCAUUCUUCUCACCAGGCCUGCCCUCUCUUCAUCCACAUAUACUAGGCAUGAUUUUUUGCAUCCUCCAUAUAUAGAUGAAAACUAGCUGACGUUCUGGUGUUGUCUACGAGAGCCAUGAGGGGUUUUGCGAUUGUUGUAGCAGCAGCGCUGCUGCUUGCCGGAGAGCUGCAUUGCGCAAGAACAGCACCCUCACCAGCAGAGGCGUCGGCAACACCAUCUCCACCGCUGCCAACAGAGGCUCCGCAGCCAGAAGCACCACUGCAGGCUCCUCAACCACCGCGGCGCGCAACAGCACCACCGCAGCCACGGCGACGGCCACACGGACCGCCGCACGGACGAGCCCCGCCGCCAGCGGUUCCUCGGGGGCAGGAUCCACCGCUGCCACCACCACGGCCAGUGGCUCCUCCGAGGCCCGACCCUCCGUCGCCGCCACGGCAGGUUGUGCCACCACAGGAACCCGUGUUGGCGGCGCCACCGCCACCACCACCCAGAGCGAGGGCCAACAACUACACUGUCGGCUGCACUACACUCCUCAUAUUUGGGGACUCGACAGUGGAUCCUGGAAACAACAACCGUCUGAGGACGACCGCCAAGGCGAACUUCCUGCCCUACGGCAUCCACUUCUAUGGCCGGAGGCCGACUGGACGCUUCUCGAAUGGCAGGCUAGCCACCGAUAUGCUGGCGGAUAAGCUUGGCAUACAGGGGACUAUUCCAGGCUUUCUUGACCCGACGUUGAAGCUGGGCCAACUCAGGAAGGGUGUGAGCUUUGCAUCAGCAGGCUCUGGAUACGACGAUAUCACUGCCAGCACAUUAAGCGCGUUGCCAUUUCGGAGACAAUUAUGGCACUUCUGGCGCUACAAGCUACUGAUCCGAGCAUUGCACGGACCAAGAAGAGCGGAGAGGCUUGUUAACAGGGCUACCUUCGUCAUAAGCGCUGGCACAAAUGACAUGCUUCUAAACUACAUCGCAUCAAACCGGUCAGCUGGUCCUAUUGGCAUGCUGCGUUAUGAGAACAACCUGAUAUCACGCCUCGGCAACUAUACCCAGGUGAUGAGAAUGCUUGGAGGGAGAAGAUUCUUAUUUGUCGGGCUACCACCGAUCGGAUGUUUACCGAUAGCGAGAACAUUGCUUGGAAGGGGUCCAGAUGGAUGCGACAGCAACUUAAACCAGCUAGCGGCUUCCUUCAACUCGAGGCUGAUUCAGCUAUCGAAUUUCAUCAACUACCAACCCCGGUUAAAAAGUGCCUACAUAGACACCUACACAAUCAUACGGGAGGCAACAGAUAACCCUCAGAGUUAUGGGUUGUCGGAGGUAUCAAGAGGGUGCUGCGGAUCAGGGAUGAUCGAAGUUGGUCAGACAUGCAGAGGGCGAAGGACAUGCCCAGAUCCUAGCAAGUAUCUCUACUGGGAUGCCGUCCAUCCAACAGAGACAACAAACCAACUUAUCACAAGUCUGAUGCUGGACUCCAUUGCUGGACUCUACAGCUAGGUGCUAAAGCUCAAAAGGAUCCUCAUCCUUAUGUGGAUCGAGCCUGUCUGUUAAGGUUGCACUGGCAGUGGGAUCGUUUCUCCUUCCUUUUUUUUAACAUCAGUGACUUGUGCUAUAUUCAAGUGUUCUGCAAUAUACUUGAGUUGUAAGACUAAAGUGAUUUGCAGUUAUCAUC